AUGGAAGAAAAAAAGUCAACUUCGAAUGUUGUGAGAUUUGGAAAUACAACAUCGCCAGAAAUAAUUCCAGAAAGUAAACUGUAUCCAUCCAAAGUCGCUUCAAAAGGCAACGAAUCUCUUCUCAAUGACGGAACCUCCCGAAUGUUAUCAGUCGAACAACUCAUUUCUAAGAAGUCUGAGGCCAACGGGCCUCUGAAGGUAACAUAUAUUUCGAAGGCACAGAGAAAUAGGAACCUAGAGGAGGCAAGGAAAAGAGAGCAAUUGGAGGCACUAAAGAAUGAGGAAAACCUAAAAAGAAGGAGAAGAGAACUUUCAGAGAGAUCGGAGCGAGAAAGGGAGAUGGAAAGAAGAGAGAGGCAGAAAAUAAAAGAAGUAGAGCGUAGAAAUGAAGAAAAGGAACGAAGAAAUGAAAGAGACACUAAAGAGUCAGAAAAGGACGUGAAGCCAGUAAACAGUGACCUCGCAGUUUUAAACUUGCUUAAGUUGCCGGAAAAGGAAGUCAGAGAUAAGCUGAUAGAAAAGGAGUUGGAGCAAAUUAGGCAUCACUACCUGGGAAUGAACAGGCAAAAGAAAAAGGUGCAGAAGCCUUCAGAAAAAUUUAAAACGAUAUUUAACUUCGAGUGGGAUGACUCGGAAGAUACGACAAAAUUUGAUAAUAAUCCAAUAUACCAGAAUAGGCCGGAGCCACAACUGCUAUUCGGUAGAGGAUUCAGAGCAGGGUUCGACGUUAGAGAACAGAGGAAAAGAAACAACUUCUACGAUGAGCUGUCGAAAAGAAGAGCAGAGAACCCAGAGUGGUCAGAGUCGAUGAGUAGGCAGCAGCUGGACGCAACGGCAAGAAAAGCAAGAGAUUUACAAGAGGCUGAAUUGGCAAACACGCAUUGGACUCAGAAGAAACGCAGUGAAAUGACGGAUCGCGACUGGAGAAUAUUCAGAGAGGACUUUGAUAUAUAUAUAAAGGGAGGACGAGUGCCACCGCCAAUUAGGACGUGGGCAGAGUCUCCCCUGCCAUGGGAGCUGUUGGAAUCGAUUAAAAAGGCCGGGUACACGAAGCCAACACCGAUUCAGAUGCAAGCAAUUCCAAUAGCCUUGGAAAUGAGAGACUUGAUAGGAAUAGCAGUAACAGGGUCAGGAAAAACGGCAGCUUUUGUAUUGCCAAUGCUAACCUACGUGAAGAUGUUGCCGCCACUGGAUGAUGAGACGUCGAUGGAUGGGCCCUACGCACUAGUGAUGGCGCCAUCGAGGGAGUUGGCACUUCAAAUAUACGACGAAACGAACAAAUUCUCAACGUACUGCACCUGUAGAUCAGUGGCGGUGGUAGGAGGGAGAAGCGCAGAAGCACAGGCGUUUGAACUGAGGAAAGGAUGUGAAAUUAUAAUUGGGACUCCUGGACGCAUAAAGGACUGUUUGGAUAGAGCGUACACAGUCCUGUCGCAGUGCAAUUACGUGGUGCUGGACGAAGCGGACAGAAUGAUCGACAUGGGCUUCGAAGACGUGGUCAACGAGAUACUGGACUGCAUACCGACCACGAACCUGAAGGACGACGACGAGUCGAAGGCGCUGGAGCAGGAGCUGAGCACGAAGGCGGGCCAUAGAAGAUACAGAAUAACGCAGAUGUUCUCAGCAACAAUGCCGGCAGCAGUCGAGAAGCUGACGAAGAAGUACCUGAGGGCGCCCUGCUUCAUAUCCAUCGGAGACGUGGGAGCGGGCAAGAGCUCAAUCACGCAGAAGCUGGAGUUCGUAGCAGAGUCGAAGAAGAGGCAGAAGUUGGAGGAGGUGCUGGAGCACCUGGAACCGCCGAUAAUAGUCUUCGUUAACCUGAAGAAGGUGACGGACGUGAUCGCAAAAAAUAUAUCAAAGAUAGGAUACAGGUACCACCCUAUUGAGUUACUGUUGAUACCUACUAGUACCACCAUUAGCAUUAGUAAAACGUACAACACAAAACAAUGUUCCUGCAGAGCGGUGUCGCUGCACGGCGGAAAGAACCAGGAGUCGAGAGAAGACGCGCUCAACAAGUUUAAGUCAGGCCAAUACGACAUCCUGGUGGCGACGGACGUGGCGGGCCGCGGACUGGACGUCGAGGGCGUGAAGGCAGUGAUCAACUACGACAUGCCGAAGGACAUUCAGUCGUACACUCACAGAAUAGGACGCACUGGACGCGCGGGACUCAAGGGACUGUCGAUCUCGUUCGUCACGGAGGCCGACACGGCCCUCUUCUACGACCUGAAGCAGCUGCUGGUCUCAACGGACAACGCAGUUCCACAGGAACUCAGCCAGCACCCAGCCUCGAAGGUAAAGCCGACGCAGGCGGACAGGAACAUAACUAACUAG